AGAAAAAGGAAGGAAAAGUUUCCUAUCAAGCAAUAAUACUUAAACAAGAAACAUAUACCUAACAUAUUCCCUUCCAUAUGAACUCUGUGGGCUGAGCGCCAAAUCCAACUCAGACAUGUAUUGUUUAGUUAGUUUAUAUAUUUUUAAAUAAAAUCUCAGCCAGUGAGUCUUGCACAAUGACUCUCAACCCUUUGUACCCAUCCAUCUAAAAGAUGAGCAGAAACUGUAAACAUUUUUCUGAGACCCCCAUCCCAAUUUGGAGUGGUGGGUAAACUUGAAUCCUGGCCUGAGUCAUUCUUGCAGUGUUGCCAGACCCUGCAGUUUUAUCACAAUUUUUGCAGUGUUUGAUAUCUAUCUUAGACAACCUGCCCCUAGAGUCAAUGGUUAUAUCCAAAAUUGAGUUUGCUUAUUUUCAUGAAAACUUUAAGCCUUUGAAAUAUCAUCCCUAAAGAUUAAUAUCAGAAAGCAAAUAAGCAGGACUCACAAUGCACUCAUGGUUUUUAAGCCAUUAUUUUUAUUUUUGGGACCAAACUCAUAAUUCUGAAAUACUUGGGUUGACAAAGCUGCUUUUAUAAAAGUUGAACCCCACUGAUAACGCUACCUAAACGUAAACCACUGCAGCAUGUGCCCAUCUUCACUCUCCAGAUACUUGAUUAGCUGGCUUGUACUUCAUAGCCAGGAUACUAACCCUCCUGUGGGACAAGGGUAUUACAGAACUCUGGCCUGUGUCAAGUAACUAUCCUACAAGUCAAACAAGGAAGAAAUUACUUUGUUAAACCCAAAUGUCUACAGUGCCCAAAGCUACAAACUUAGCGGGUACUCAAGGCAGGGAGAGGGCCCUCUUGGCCUCUCUUCUCCACCAUUUCUCUUGCCUGGAGUAUCUCACUGGCUUCGGGUCUGCAUGCUGCAAUAUUGGAUAAUCUGCAUUGACAUCACAUCUGUUAAGUGGCACAGGCCACUCUGGAUCAUGCUGAGGUCAAUGGGAUACCAUCUACUGAUUCCAGUGGCAGCAGAAGCCAACCACAUGUGACUGUGGAGCCACUGAUGAGAAAUGUCUGAGACAACUUUUGGUACAAAAAUCAAUUUUAAAAACAAACAUCUCCUGCCUCCACAAUGGGCUCAGUUGUUUUGGAUCCCCUCCCCCACCCACGGAUCGUGCAUGUUUUUCAGCUUCCAUCUGGUACCAUUUCAUUUCCAGAAACAUGUUAUAAUAAACUUUGCUUUAUUUCAGUGUGUGGGAAGGGAGUUAUUUAAAAAAAGAAUUAACAAACCUGCUUUAUAAAGUGGCUGUAACCCUCAUGUAAUGACCUUUGGUCAGCUGAGCUUUGGAUCUCAUUCCUGCUCUCAGUGGAUCAAUGUCUUUGUCCAAGGUACCACCAGUUGUGUGGGCAGCCUCCAAGGAAAUGUGAUAAAUAAAGGGCAAAGCCUUCAUCUUCAGAGUUAGCCCCUCCACAGCAGGGCUAGAGCACAUUGGCAGGACAGUGCAGGGAAGCAGCUGUUACAGACACCAGUUUGGUACUUUCAUGAAUGUUAACAUUGAGAUAGGGGAAAAAAAGCAGCCAUUGUCCCUCCUGUCCCGUCCUAGGCACGCUGCUGUUGGCAUUCUUAUGGCAAAAGGAAUAUCAUUUGCAGAGUAUCUCCUGCAUCUGAGCUGAGAAAAGAGAGGGGCAAUGAAAAUGGGCAUCUGAUCUUAGCAAGAAUCUGCUGAGACUUGGAAAGUGAGCAAGUGCAUACUAGCCACUGUGUAGGAGUAAAAUGCACUGAGAGGAUGUUGCUAGCAUAAAUUGAAGGCCCAUCUUCCCUUGAGAGUCAUUCAAACCUCUCUGAAAGCUGUGAAAAGAACAGCCAGUAAACAUAGCACUUUGGAAUGGCAGAAAAAUAGCCUCAUUUGUGCCUGGAUCAAUCUUUUGUCAACCUUAACUGGAUGGCUGCUGGCUUUAGUACCUCCACUGUCACCCAGAGACAUCUCAUGAGGAAUAAAACCCUUGUGAGCACCUACCCUGUCAACUCUGGCCCAAUCGCAGGGAUGGUAGAGGGAGUGUAGUAUGAGACUCAGCAGCAUUCAGACAGUUUUGUAUCUCCCCAAGGAGCAAACAGUUGAGGUUUUGUGAAUUAUGAUGUGUGGAAAUAUAGGAUUUUCUUUUUGCUAUUUCUUUGCUAGGUACAAAAGCUGAUGGCAGGUCCCCUUGUGUUUGGGGAGAGGACACCAAAACCAGAAGCUUGCAUUGCCUGUAUAUAUCCUUGGCUCUUUAUCAUUUUGGCUCCAUUGCCUCUUGUCAUUAAUUCUUUCCCUUUUUUCACUCUACCUUCACACUUUCACUCAUUUUUACCUCCCUGUUUCACUCCAUCUAUUCCUUUGAAUUUGCAGGUUUGCUUCAACAAGUGGUAAGCUCUUCCCCUGUCUUAGAAAGCACUGGAGUCAGACCCCUUUUGCCUCUCGUCAGGUUCUAUCACGAUGCUUCAUGCACCAGGACAUCUGUAUGUAAGUAGCUCAAGGCACCAGUGCCAAUACAGACAUCAACCUUGUGACAGCUGCAGCCUUGGCAACCAGCAGAGGGCACCAGUCCUGAUGCCAGAGUGUGACCCUCUGCCACCAUACAGCAGGUGCCAAGGCUCACUCACUUGUUUCCAGAUGCUUCCGCUUCAGAGCUUGCAACUUGCCCCCCUUUGCAAUAAGGGCUGCCUCCCCACAGCUGUAAAUGGACUCUAUGGAAAGGUCCAUCUCUCUUUGGAGAACAAGGCACUUUGGGAGGAGUUCUACACUCUUGGCACUGAAAUGAUCAUCACCAAAUCUGGCAGACGUAUGUUCCCACCCUGCAAAAUGAUAGCAUCAGGCCUGGAUCCUCAUUCUCUCUACCUGAUGCUGAUGGAUAUAGUGCCUUCAGACAAUGCACGAUAUAAGUGGCACUGUGGCCACUGGGAGGUGGUUGGAAAAGCUGAUCCCCACUUCCCCAGCCACUUCUACCUCCAUCCAGAUUCCCCCGCUCCUGGCAGUCACUGGAUGAAAGAACCUAUCUCGUUCCAGAGACUCAAGAUCACAAACAAUACCCUGGAGCAGUGUGAACAUAUUAUUUUGCACUCGAUGCACAAAUACCAGCCACGGUUCCAUGUGGUACUGACCAGCCACCACACAUUCACCCUGCCCUGGAAUGCUGUGACUACGUUUGUGUUCCCAGAAACAACUUUUAUGGCUGUGACAGCUUAUCAGAAUUCCAAGAUUACCCAGAUGAAGAUUGAUAAUAAUCCAUUUGCAAAAGGCUUUAGAGAGAAUGGGCUCAGCUAUAAGAAAAAUCGAAGGAAAAAUGUCAGAGGCACUGAGGUAGUAAAGCAAGCAAGUGUGGAGGAGACAUGCUGUGAGCUCCCCACUGGUGCUGAUCAAGUUGGGUGGGAGAAAAUACAGCUCUGAAACCAUCCAUAAAACUGAACAUUGUUUUUGCUCCUGCUCUAUGUGGUCAACCAUUUCGACUGGUGCUUCCUGCUUAUGAUGAAUGUAACUUAUGGGUCUUUGUUACUGGCUUCAGGUUCCCUAUAGAGCAUAUGUGUCCCAUCAUAGAUUUCUGAACAUGUACCUUGUAAAUCUAGUUCUGAAUUUAGUUCCUUCUUUUCAUAUGUCCUGUAACUCAGUCCAUCAGCUCAUAUUCUUCCUGCAAGUUAUAAAUAUAUCUUCUGGCUCUCAGAAUUCAGCUUCUUUCUUCCUGCAGGAUGCAUAGUUUUUUGGGGGUAUCUAAUUCUGGCUCCCUUUCUUAAACAGUAUACAUAUACCACGGCUGUGUAGUGUUUUACAUGCAUUAGGUCUACAUAUACAUCACAUUUCAAUAGAAAAAAAUAAGGUAAAUAUAUUAAUACAGAAAUAGGAAUGAAUUAAUGUAAAAUUAAUAUAAUCAAGGAAGUAAGACCAGAAUUUUUUUUGAAAAUUAUAUUUAAAUUCUUCCAUUUCUAUCAUAUGCCACACUUAAUGUAACCAGGCUGCACUAGAGGAUGGCAGGAUGCAUUUCCUAGCCAGAACUUUCCAACCAGUUUUAGCUUUUGUUAUCACAUUCUGGCUCUCAUUUCCUUGUCCCAAGUAUUACAUCUUGUAGCUGAAACUUAAUACCUGUUUUACUAAUAAUGAUCCUAGUUAUUCUCUGAAAGAUGGAAUUUUGUAGCAAAUCUGUAAAAUAUGUUGAAAGACGAGAGCCAUGGGAAAGAGAACAGUUUAUAAAAAACUUUGGAUCUGAGCAUUUAAAUAUUUAAGCAAGUUCAUUAACUCUUUGUAAGUUGUGCCACAGACUCCUUUACUGUUAAUUUUAUAUUAUGACAGUAAAACCUUAUUGCACUAUAGUAUAGUAUGAUAUUGAAUCAGUCUUACAAUGUGACUGUAUCCCACUUAUUUAAUAAGCAAAACUAAUUUUCAAACUGAUAAAUUGAUCAAGGUCUGUCUUAUAACAUGGCCAUUUGAUAAGUGAAUCUUCUAAUACUUGCAAAGAUUAAUCAUGGUAUAUUUGCAGAACCAAGAGUAAAGUUCUGUUUUAUCUGAGCCCUUAAGUCAAAGGAGUUUUGACAUAUGGGUCUGGGCCUGGCCCUUUCUGGUUUCAGGAAGAGAUUGGUAAACCUGAGAGCAUGUUUAUUUUGCAGAAUCUUGUCAGUCACAUUUUUGUGCAGUAAAAUUGCACCGGGGCUUAUUCUAAUCUUGGUCCCCGUUUAGUUGGACCUACAAUGUUUAAGGUUCCACCCUGUGCAGUUUCUGCCUUUGUACUACUAUGUCUGUGUAUUAAAUAUACAGUGUUUUGUUGCCACCUUCA